UAGAUAUCUUACUAAUGACAUCACUUUGAUCGUGAAGAGAACCUCUUAUGAAAGAACUGUGUUAUGUAUAUAUAUGAACUUCUGCCAUGCCAUUGCUAUUAUGGUUGAUUCAGCCAUUGCUAUUGUGGUUGAUGCGCAAUGAUGUGCUACUCUCUGAAUGAUGCUAAUUAUUCAAACUAACCCGGUUUUCUUUAAAUGGCAGCUCUAGAGAAAUACGAAGGCAGUUGAUGUUUUCUGCACUUUGCAAGUGAUGUUGGUCUUAGUUGGGACGAUAAAAUUGUGAUAAAUCAGGUGUAGAAAGGCUGUGACCUGUGGUAACUUGCCAUCGAGUAUGCAUUGGGCAUCAUAUUUGCAGUGUUAAGAUCAAUUUAUUUAUGUUAAUUUGAAGGGGGUAAUUUAGAUGUUUGAUAAAUGGUUAGAGGGAAAUAAUUUUAAAAAAGCACAUAAAUAAGCUAAAAUAUCAUAAAUCCCUUAUUACGAAAAAUACGCAUGCCUUGACCCUAAAUUACGAAAGGUCAGCGAAUUGAAUCCCUAAUUACGAAAGGUCAACGAAUUUAAACCCUUAUUCCGAAAUUUCUCAAUACAAAAGGGUGUUUAACCAAAUCAAUUCGUAUCCUUUUUCUACAUAUUAAAGCAGGACACAAAAAUAUAUUCUUUGCUUUGGUGUAUAACUAAGGUAUAGUAUUUAUUUUAAGUAUAUUGUCUGGAAUGUUAAUGCUCUUUAUUCUUUACUUUGAUGUAUAUCUAAGUUUACUUUGUCUAGAAUGUUUAUGUUUAUUAUUCAAUCAUGAACUGUUACACCUUCCACAAAUCCACAUCUCACACUAUUUUUUUUCUUUAUUUCUGAAUACUAUAUGCAUAUUUUGCUCUGCUUCCGUGGAUAGAGUUAUUUUGUGAGCGGUUCUUGCAUUGUACCGUAGAGAUUCUGUCAUGGAGAAGAAGAUUGUCGACUGUGUCGACCACGAACAUCCUUUGAUUCUCACCGAAAAUGUGAGUAAAGACGGGACUCCAAGUUGCUAUGGGUGUGGUAUUCCCGUAAUUGAUUUGGAGCUCGCUUAUGCUUGCACAGUUAAAAAUUGUUCGAAUAGGAUUAUCCUCCACAAGAAAUGUGGAGAAUUGCCUAGUCAAAUUUUGCACCCUAAACACCCCGAGCAUCCCCUCUCCCUAUUUGAUAACCACCCGGUAUUGAGUCAGGAUUGUGAUAUUUGUAUGUGCGAUAUUGGUAAGGAGCUUGCCUAUCGAUGUUCAAGUUGUGAUUUCGACAUUGACUUAAGAUGCGCAAGAAUACAUGUUGAUGAAAGAUUAGAGGGGAAAGUACAAGUAGAACACCCGAGUCACCCUGAUCACCCUUUGACACUAAUUAGAAAGGCCUCAUUUUCAUUUUAUUGUAAUGGUUGUGGCGUUAAAGACGUGGACAUGGCUUAUUUAUGCUCAUCAUGUGAAUUUAUGGUACACAAAACUUGUGUGUCGUUGCCCCUCAUUCUCCCCAUAAAUCCCCGAUACCACCACCACCAUCUUUCUCUUGCCUUUAGUUUUCCCAGGGAACAUUACAGAUAUAUACACGAUUGUGACGUCUGUCAUAAAAUAUUAGACAGAUCCUGUUGGGUCUAUUUUUGUGGUGAUUGCAGAUUCUUUGCGCAUAUCAGGUGCGUUGCCUCCACGACUGCUAAGACAGCAGAGCACGACUCAAAUUUAGAAGGCGAUGGUAAUGAUGGUUUGAAUGUGAUUGAAUUCCCACUACAUGCGCAUGACAUAUCAAAGGAGUUAAUCACACCUUUUGUGAUGAGAGAAAAAGGUCUUAACAACAUCCCGGAUGUAACAGACAUGCCAGCAGAAGUGCAUAUGCCACAAACCACCGCAAGUUUUUCGUUUCUAUUCAACUAUCACAGCCAUCCUUUGCGUUUGGUUUCAGAAUUGUCCAAGAAAGACGAUGAAGUUGAUCACUACAAAAUGAUGGAUGAGAGAGAUGAAGACGAUGAAUAUGAUGAGUUGAAGGUAUGUGACGUGUGUGUAACACCCAUACUUUCUUCUCCAUAUUACGAGUGUGCUCCUUGCAAAUAUUUUGUACACUCCAUUUGCUCCAUGUUUCCGAAAACUUUAUCAUCAUCAUCUUCUUCUUCUUCGUCUGACCUGUAUGGUAAGUGCCCAAAAACACAUUAUAAAAACCAUAAACUCACCCUCUACCCAAGCUCAGGAUUUAUAGAUAUGGAUCCAGAGCUUUGUAGGUGUGUCUCUUGUGGUUAUAUCACAAACGGGAUGGUGUACGAGUGUGAAGGGUGCAAGAUGAAGAUAGAUGUCAAGUGCGCUUCUCCACCGGCAACUAUCAGACACGCAUCUCACCCGUGUCAUGGACCGCUGGUCUUGACUAGAAUACCACCAACAGAAGAAGCUGCCAAGCUGAAAAGUUGCCAUGGCUGCAAAUAUUUGUUGAAAAACCGCAUUGCAUAUUGCUGUAGUGGCAACGAUUGUGAAUUUGCGUUGGACUUGAGAUGUGCUAUGCUGCCGGCGAGCAUAACAAUGCGUGAGUGGGAUAGGCACCAUUCGUUAAUGUUGUCAUUUGAUGCCUCUCUCGACCAUCCCUCCGGCUUUAUUUGUGAUUUUUGUGAAAUGGAAUUGCAUCCAAAGUGGUGGAUGUAUCACUGUCGCCAAUGCGACCUUUCUUUCGGCCUUUCUUGCCUCAGGGCUGCUUCUGGUAAAUAUAGAAACAUCAAAUUUGGGCGCCGAUUUGUGUUGGACGGUAUUCACCCGAAUCACCCUCUCACAUUCAAUCACAUCACUAUCAAGAGAAGAUGCAACCUUUGUGAUGAGAAUGUGUAUGACUACUGUGGGUUAGAAUGUGCAUCAUGUUACUAUGUUGUGUGCUUAGUUUGUGCUAGGAAAGAGUUAUCUAAAAUGAUGUAAUAUUCUCAAUUCUUCAUAUCAUUCACACA